UCUCAUUUUUCUCUUUCUCUCGCUAAAAAGGCAAGAACGCGUUAUUGCUCGUUGGCGCUGCUGUGCUUUGCUUGGAGAAAUUUUGCUCAGGUUAGACGUGUGUGCUUGGCAGUACGUUCAACGUUCGUGCAUUUUGCAGCAAUUUCUGUUCCCGAAGACGCUUUGGUAGUAAUCAUCUGAAAUGGGCAUUCCGGCUGGCGAUGUUGAGAAGGGAAAGAAGUUGUUUGUCCAAAGAUGCUCGCAAUGUCAUACCGUUGAGGCCGGUGGAAAGCACAAGGUAGGUCCGAAUUUACAUGGACUGAUUGGACGUAAAACUGGUCAAGCUGCUGGAUUCUCAUAUACUGAUGCCAACAAAGCAAAGGGUAUUACCUGGAAUGAAGAUACUUUGUUCGAGUACCUGGAAAACCCCAAGAAGUACAUCCCAGGUACGAAAAUGAUCUUCGCUGGUCUUAAGAAACCAGGCGAGCGGGCAGAUCUUAUUGCUUAUUUGAAGUCGACGUGCUAAACAUCGUCCCCUAGCUUCUAGCAACAAAUAAGAUACCAUGGCGGUUAUUAUACUCCCAUAGACAGUUACAACACGCAGAAGUGUAGAGAGCCCUCGCUUCCGAUUAAACCCAAAUCCGAAUAGGACAAUUGCUUGAUUAUUUUAACUUUAUUUAUAUUAUAGUAGAUAAAGAAAUUGACAGAUGUAUCGUCUGUGAUUCGGUUCGUCGAUUAAUUUAGUUCCAAGUGAAAACGCCUCCAAGUGGCGAUUUAUUUAUUUUCCAAGCAUACAAAAAUUAUACAUAAACAGUAGUAUUACUUAAAUUUCCAAAGACGGGAAAUUAUCAAAUCGAAGCAGUAAAGGUUGCACGAAAAUGGGAAAUGGAUUCGGUUGCCUAUUUCCUACUACUGAUCAUACGUUAUCCUACACCAUAUUGUACAUUCAGUUUACAAAGAUAAAUUGACGUAACAUUUGACAACUAAAGCAAAGGAACAUAACAAUAUAAUCCUAAUCUGACGAGGACGAACUACGUGAAACUACUUAGAAACAGCAUUCAAAAUUACGGAUUGAGAGUUUUGUCGGAAAAAAUAAAUUACCGUCAUCGGCGGUGUGAUGACUUAA